UCUUUUUCUCCAUCCAUGUAAAAACCACAACCAUGAGCGUUCCAAUAAAACUAGCCUUUCUCUUCUUAACCGUCAUCUCAACCGCAACGGCUAAAUCAGCCAAACGCACAGACUACCUUUCCACACUGCACGCAAAAACAAUCGCGGGAAUAUGCACUGUUAUCCAAUCAGACACAAGUCUAUGCACCACAACCCUUAAAGAAGUUCCUAGCGAUGACCCCAUCACAUUAAUCCGAGCAUUACCUACUGCGGCUGAAUCUUCCGUCAAAAAAAGCGUGACGUUCCUCAUCGGAAUCAAACCAAAACACACAUCAAACGUAGUCGCAACUGCAGCGAUCAACAGCUGCGAGAAAAACUUGAAUAACGCGUUAGAAGAUUUCGCUGAGUUUUGGAAAGCUACGGGUAAAGAUGUAACAACGUUGGCUCGUAACUAUUUCACGUGUAAGAAGACGUUAACGUCUAUCAUGGGGUAUCAUUCAACGUGUUUGGAUGAUAUUGAAGAUAAGAAUCUGAAGAAAGAAGUGGGGAUUGGGAUUGGUGUUGGGAAGAACCUAAGCAGUGACUCGUUUGAUGUGUUCAAUGGUUUGCCUACUAUUUUCAAGACUUUUAGUAUUAACGUGAAGCUUAACGAGGAAGACACUUCGCCCCGACCGCCACCUUUGUCGGAUUAUUAUUACUGAUUAAAGGAUUUGUAAAUAAUAACUCAUUACUAUCGUAUAGUGCUUAAAGCGAUACUUGUAGAGAUACUUAUCAUGUAGGGUACUAUUGUAACCAUUGAUUCUAGUAUAGUGAAAUAUAAUAUUGGAAUUGAAUCAUGUAUUGUAUCUUUUUUAUUCAUGUACAAACGGAUUAUAUAUAUGAAAUGUGAUAUUUAC